AUGGACCAAGAAGGCGGAUGCACCUCCCAGGCCCGGCGCUUGGCCUUGGCUCAUGGCGAUUGGGAGAAGGCCCAUGGCCCUUUGAAAGGUGCUCAGCUGGGGCACUUGUCGCGGCUGCAGGGCUAUGCCCCCACAGAGGCGCAGCUGAAGCCUUACCAGGAGUCCGAGCGGAUUUCCGCGGAGAACUUUGUGAAGUUCUGCGAAGAGGUCGGCUAUGAGGAUCCGUCCUUCGAGGAGCUGAGCUCGGUCUUUGCGCCCUUCGACCCGGAAGGCACGGGGCAGAUCCCCAAGGAGGUGUUCCUGCAUCUCAUGACCUCUGUGGGCGAUCGCUUUGAAGCCGAAGAAGUGGACUCCAUGAUGGUGGACCUACAGAGCGGCAAAGAAGUGUGUACAGACGCAGGGGAGCUGUUCCUCGUGAGGGGGAUAGUGGAAAACCUGUUGCGGUACUUCAAGGCUUCGUUGAGAAUGUGCAUGGCUGCAUGGCCUUGCUCCGUCCUGGUUCUUCAAGCCUGGCGGCCACACGUCGAAUGGCGUAGACCUCGAGUUCUGAGCGACGGAAAAGUCUGUAGUGAUUGGCCAGGCCCAUCUUCGCGACUCUUUGGUGGAAGAUCUCCGGUCCAAGUGCAUGGGUGUAGGUUAAAAGACAUGGUGAGCUACAAAGAGUUCAUCACCUGGGCCCUCGAGCGGUGA